AUGGGUGUAGAGGUUUCAAAAGAAAGUGAUGUGUACAGCUAUGAAAUCCUUUUACUGGAGAUGUUUACCGGAAGAAAGCCCACAGACAGCAUAUUUAUUGAAAAUUUUAACCUUCAAAACUAUGCAAAGAUGGCGCUUCCUGAUAGAGUGAUGGAGAUUGCCGGUUCUCUAUUCUUGUUGGAAGAGGAGGAUGCUCAAAGGGCCAGCCAACAUAACAUUGAAUAUGGUAUGGGUGGGGAGUGUGUUUACACUCCCCCUGUCAGCUUUCAGAAGCACAAAGAUAUGGUUUCAAAGCUAUUAAGUUCAACUUCCCUCCUCUUUUACAUCCUUUUUCACGCAAGCUUCAUUUUGCUUGCCUCAAAUUCCACUUUUGGCUUCGCAAAUGAGACAGACAAGCAAGCCUUGCUAGCCAUCAAAGAUCAAAUUGUUGAAGACCCUUUCCAGGUCUUUAGCUCAUGGAAUGAUUCUAUCCACUUUUGUAACUGGAAAGGAGUCACAUGUGGUCGCCGGCAUCAGAGGGUGACCAUCCUAAACUUGCCAUCCUUGAAAUUAGUUGGUUCUUUGUCUCCUCAUAUAGGAAACCUUACCUUCCUUAAGGGCAACUCCUUCCAAGGUGAGUUCCCUACCAAUUUGACUGAUUGCUCAGACAUCAGAGACAUCAAUAUAUCUUCAAACAAUCUUGUAGGAAGAAUUCCUAUCGAAGUAGGAUCAUUUUCUAAUCUUCUACUAUUGGAUCUUUCUGGAAAUCAUUUCACUGGCAACAUACCACCUUCACUGGGGAAUCUCUCCUCUCUUCGCGUACUUCUUCUUGACACCAACAAUCUAAAGGGAAGCAUUCCCUUCGAACUUGGAAAGCUUUCCAACUUGCAAUUUCUUCAAUUGAGUUCCAACAACUUGUCUGGAAUGAUUCCUACCCCACUUUACAACAUCUCAUCCAUCCAUAUCUUUGCUCUAGCUGGCAACCAGUUAAGCGGAAGCCUCUCCCAAGAACUGGGAUUGACCCUUCCAAAACUACAAUCAUUCUUCCUUGCUAUUAACCAAUUCUAUGGGCCUAUUCCACCAUCAUUGGCUAACAUUUCAGCACUUGUUGAUUUUGAUAGUAGUGUUAAUUUUUUCAGAUUUCUACAUCUAGGUGGGAAUUACUUUGGGGAUGUAUUGCCCAAUUCAAUUGCAAAUCUAUCCACCAAGCUCAACACAUUGGAUAUAACUCAAAACUACAUAUCUGGAAGCACACCACAAGGAAUUGAAAACCUCAUCAACUUAAAGCUUUUAGCAUUAGAUGAGAAUAUGCUCACUGGCAGUAUCCCCGAAUCCAUUGGGAAACUUUCUGAAUUGGAACAACUAUUUAUUCCUGGAAAUAAUAUCUCUGGAAAAGUUCCACCAUCUAUUGGCAACAUGUCUGGAUUAAGUAUUCUUGCAUUAGGAGAUAAUAUGUUAGAGGGAAGCAUACCUGUUGAACUGGGUAAUUGCACAAAUCUUCAAUCAUUGGAUCUUCAACUGAAUCACCUCACUGGUGCUAUACCUGAGCAAGUUAUUGGACUUUCUUCCCUCACUGUUGGUCUCUUCUUAAAUCAAAAUUAUCUGACAGGAGCACUACCAUCACAAGUGGGUAACUUGAAGAAUCUUGGGCAAUUGCAUAUUUCAGAAAACAAACUUUCUGGAGAAAUACCAAGCACACUUGGUGAUUGUCUAGUGUUAGAAUACCUACAUAUGGAGGGUAACCUUUUCAAAGGUACUAUUCCAUCAUCUUUACAGCAAUUAAAAGGAAUUCAAGAACUAAAUCUUUCUCAUAAUAGUUUGUCUGGACGGAUUCCAAGCUUUCUAGGCGAGUUACGAAUGAUUGAAUAUCUAGACCUUUCUUAUAAUAAGUUUGAGGGUGAAGUUCCAAAUAAAGGAGUGUCUAUGAAUGUUACUGCAUUUUCAAUUGUGGGAAAUGAUAACCUUUGUGGAGGAAUCAAGGCAUUGCAAUUGCCUGCAUGUCCCACACAAAGGGCAAGAAAGCUCUUUGCACAUAAAGUUUAUCCAACGCUCUCUUAUGCAGAACUUCAACAAGCUACCAAUGAAUUCUCUUCCGCCAACUUGAUUGGUGCAGGGAGUUAUGGUUCUGUUUAUAAAGGAAUUCUCAACUCUGGUGAAGAAAUUGUCACUGUGAAGGUAUUCAACCUUCAACUACUUGGAGCCAACAAGAGCUUCUUGGCUGAAUGUGAAGCUUUGAGGAACAUUCGCCAUCGCAAUCUGGUAAAGAUCAUCACAUCUUGCUCAAGCAUGGACUUCAAAGGAAAUGAUUUCAAGGCUUUGGUCUUUGAGUUCAUGCCAAAUGGGACUUCAGAGAGUUGGUUACACCCAAAUCAAUCUGUGCAGCGGGAUCCAAAGAGCUUGAAUUUAAUACAAAGGCUAAACAUUGCAAUUGAUGUGGCAUCUGCAUUGGAUUAUCUUCAUCAUCAGUGUGACACAACAGCCAUUCAUUGUGAUAUAAAGCCAAGUAAUGUGCUUCUUGACAAUGAGCUUUGCGCUCAUAUGGGUGAUUUUGGUCUAUCAAGGUUUCUUGGAGGCACCAGAGGUAAACCCAAUCGUUCACAAUCUAGUUCUUCAAUUGGGAUUACAAGAACAGGAGGAACAAUUGGUUAUGUCUCACCAGGUAAUUUUUAUCACAUAAUUAUUGCAUAA